AUGGUGAGAGUGGUUCCCAUGGGUUCUUCGAUUCGACCCGCUCUCUCCUCCCUUACCUUUUCAUCACCUUCCUCUCUUUCUCUCUUCAACCCUUCUCCCCGUCUCUCUUUCUCUGUGUCUCAGUCCCAUAGUUUUGGCUUAAAAGCUUCCAGGGUGUUGAGACACGAUGGUAACUCCGUGAGAGUCUCGGCGUCAGGGGAUGUGUCUCAAUCUGUCGCAGCUGCUUCACAAGAAAAUGUGCUUGAGUGGGUCAAGCAGGACAAGCGAAGAAUGCUUCACGUUGUGUAUCGCGUUGGAGACUUGGACAGGACCAUAAAGUUUUAUACAGAGUGCUUAGGAAUGAAGCUCCUCAGAAAGAGGGACAUACCGGAGGAGAAAUAUACUAAUGCCUUUCUUGGAUAUGGGCCUGAAGACUCACACUUUGUUAUUGAACUGACAUACAAUUAUGGAGUUGACAAGUAUGACAUUGGAACUGGAUUUGGCCAUUUUGGUAUUGCCGUUGAUGAUGUUGCAAAAGCAGUGGAGUUAAUAAGAGCUAAGGGUGGUAAAAUAACUAGAGAGCCUGGUCCUGUCAAGGGAGGGCGCUCAGUAAUUGCAUUUAUUGAAGAUCCCGAUGGUUACAAAUUUGAACUUAUAGAAAGAGGUCCCACUCCUGAACCCUUAUGCCAAGUAAUGCUUCGAGUGGGUGAUCUUAAUCGUUCCAUAGAAUUUUAUGAGAAGGCAUUUGGUAUGGAGCUGCUUCGUACUCGAGAUAAUCCGGAAUACAAGUAUACCAUAGCAAUGCUGGGUUAUGGUCCAGAAGAUAAAAGCACUGUUCUGGAGUUGACUUACAAUUAUGGAGUCACUGAAUACGACAAAGGAAAUGCUUAUGCUCAGAUUGCAAUUGGCACAGAUGAUGUGUACAAAACUGCAGAAGCGAUUAAACUAUCUGGAGGAAAGAUUACUCGGGAACCUGGACCAUUACCUGGUAUCAACACCAAAAUUACUGCAUGCUUGGAUCCUGACGGUUGGAAGUCGGUUUUUGUAGAUAAUGUUGAUUUUCUAAAGGAGUUGGAAUAG